UAAGCACAGCCGUUUAGAACUAAGCAGCUGUAUAAUACGUUCGCACAUGCUGAAAGACCAGUUCAAUGUGACAAAGUUUUUAAAGAGCUCUAUUUAAUAUAUUUGUAGCUUCUUGUUAAUAUUUGCUUGCUGAUCUGUGCGGUACAACUUGUAAAUAUCUUACCAUACGACAGCUGUUGAUUGCUAAAAGGAAUUCAAGAAUUGAAAACGCCCACUGAAGCUUUGCCUGUCACAAGAAGACGAUGGGUGACACCGUAGCGGAUACGGAGAAAAUGGAGGUGUCGCGCAGUUCAGAGAAGAUUGACAUGACACUUGAUGAAAUUAUUGAACUCAACAAAAAAGAACAGAAAGCAAUGUCAGGUGCCCAAAGGAUAAAAAACAAGCGAAUGGCCAACAGAAAUUCCAUCCUCAAAAAAUUACAUAGGGAUGGACAGCAACGUUUUCCUUUCAAACGGGGAGCCUACCAAAUCCAACAAGGACCUUACAGACCAAGGUUUUUUAGGCCAUACAGACAAGGUUUCUAUGGGAAAAGGCCAAACAAUUUCAGAAAAACUCCACCAAGUACAGAUGGAGUCAGCCCCCUAAACAGGAAGCCUUGGAGUACAAAGGACACAGAACCAGGAGGACACGCUGGAAUGAAAACACAGCCCUGGUUGAACAGGAAGUUCUAUCGACCCUACAGGUAUCCAGCAUGGCCAAUGAGAAGGGCUCCUCAGCCGUACGGAGGAAGGAGGUUUCAACACAGCGAGCAGAACCAGGCGCAGGGGAAAACACGGCCAUUUACUCUGAACAGAACAUUUCUUCCCCGGAAAAUGAACGACAGAUUUGGGAAGUACCAUAAAGUAAGAAGCUGGAGAACGGCUCCCUCUACUGGCUCCAUUCUGACAGUGUCCGUUCCCAACACAAAGUCCGCUGCUGAGCCCACGGCAAAGGUCAAGCAGUCUCCUGUUACAGAUGUGUCCCCUGAGACAGGAGCGGGGCUAGUCACUGAACCCAAAGGCAUCCCGCUCAGAUUCAACUUCAAGGCUGUAGCCAAUCAGACAGGGGUGUCUCUCAACGAUCGCUUCACCGGGCUGAAGAUCCGGGGCGGGACCGGACACCGACCGUGGAGGGGAAGGGGGAGGGGCCGCAUGGUCAUCCUCCAGUGAGGAGUGGCCAUGUGACCGGUCACAUGACGAGGCCGCAGAGGGUGUAAGCCGCAAUUCCUGUAUGCUGCAAAGUCUCAUCUCCGUGCUGUUUAACACGAAGUAGGCCCUUCUCAACUGGGCUGAAUUACACUGAAAUAUGUCACAGCAGCCCUUUGUAUUUUCUAUGCUGAGCCGAAUAGACACAUUUUGGGGCAGUUUUCGGAGACACAGGUUAAGCUUAGUCCUGGACGAAAUUGAGUUUUGUAUAGAGAAUCUCCAUUCAAAACGAGUGAAUCUGUGAAACUGGCACCUUAAAGUUUUAAGUAUGGCGCAUUAGGCUUGGUGCAGUCUGGUUUAACCUUCCUUUUAUGAAACAUGUUUCAUUCAUAGUGUGACGUCUGCCACCCAUCAAGCUAUAAAAUAUUAUUUUUCUGUGGUCCAUAAGGUAAGAAGACUUUGGGCUCCUUCCAUUCGCUUCUGUGUAUCCUCUUGUUUCCUGAAAUGAGGAAAGGGUGCUAGGAUGGAGGAAUUGAGAAAAUGUGUAUUUGGCAAAUGGAACGUCCUUGCUCUUUCAAGCAUCAGUCUGAAGCCCCGUCAGUUACAGGAGAAUGCAUUUUUAAAGUAUUCUAGUAUUUUGAAUAAAUAUGAAUGACUUGCAACUUUGAAGAAA